GAUAGUGAACAGUGUUAUAACGCGUUAUAAUGUAUUAUAACAUUAGAAUUGGAUUUUAGACUUUAGUGAUAAUUUGUUUAAUAUCGUAUAUGAUAAAUUUUGAUAAAUGAUAAAAAACCUUAUGUAUUAAUAAUAAUUAUAUAUAUAUAUAUAUGUAUAUAUAUAUGUAUACAUAUAGUUAAAAUAUUUUCAUUUUGUAUGAACAAUAAUCUGAAUUAAUUAACACUAUGAAAGAAUUACGGCGUAGUGAAAAGCUUAGGAUUAAAUAUAUUAUAGUAUGAUAGAUAUUGCUGUUUAUUUAAUUAAAAGAGAUGUACGUGAAUUAUAUUCUUAUCGUGUAACGAUCAUCAAUUCUAAUCUCCUUUGCGUACAUAUGCCAACAAUUGUGCAUUCUUGUAUAUAACCUUUCGUCUAUAACGAUAUAGAAUUAAUAAUAAUUUAUCCUCAACCUUUGUCAUCAUGAUUAAGGCCAUUUUAGUUUUUAAUAAUCAUGGAAAGCCACGACUUUCAAAAUUUUAUCAAUACUUCAAUGAAGAUAUGCAACAACAGAUCAUUAAAGAAACGUUUCAACUUGUAUCAAAAAGAGACGAUAAUGUUUGUAACUUUUUGGAGGGUGGUAGUCUAAUUGGAGGAUCCGAUUAUAAAUUAAUUUAUCGCCAUUAUGCCACCCUUUAUUUUGUAUUUUGCGUUGACAGUUCUGAAUCAGAACUUGGUAUUCUAGAUCUGAUACAAGUUUUUGUAGAAACUUUGGACAAAUGUUUUGAAAAUGUGUGUGAACUCGAUCUUAUUUUUCACGUUGAUAAAGUUCAUUAUAUACUUAAUGAAUUAGUGAUGGGUGGUAUGGUAUUAGAAACUAACAUGACAGAAAUACUUACAAGAAUAGAGGAUCAAAACAAAUUGGAAAAACAAGAGCUGUGCAUGUUUGGUAUGCUCCGUAAAGCAGUUUCAUGUGGUGGUAGGACUGAUCAACCUAACAUCAAUUUUAGGGGACUUACAGAUCAGGACGAUCUUGCUCACCUCGUCCGUUUGUCCUUCUGGGGCCCCCUCCUUAAGUAAAUCAGCAGUAGACAAUCUGGCCACUUUAAAUAAAUUCAGUCCUAUGUACAAUUGUCUGUGAUUUCUUCUCUCUCUCUCUCUCUCUCUCUCUCUUUCUUUUUUUUUCUUUCUUUUUUUUCUCUCUCUCUUUUUUUUCUCUCUCUCUUUCCUUUCGUUACUAAGAACUUAAAACAUAAAUCUUUUUCAUAGCUUCAUACAAUCGCCGUUCAUAACACGCAUGAUAAUACUAUUGUUUAUAAAUGUCUGCUCCAUGACAGUGCCUUCUUAUUGCAAUUGUAUACGUCGCAAUAAUACAUAAAUAAAAUAUGUAUUGUGUAGCUAUUUAUUAUUUGUCUUCACUCCUGGAAAUGAAUUGCUAUCGAUUAAUCCCAAGAAUUUGCCCAUUUUCCAUUUUCUCCAUCCAUAUAAUGUGUGCAGGCGGGAAUCAUAGCUGCGCCAGCGCGUGCUGUAUCGGCGGUGAAGAAUAUGAAUAUUCCUCAACAAA